AUGGCUCAACAAAAUAACUAUUACUUCAUCUGGCAAAGAACCAUCCUGACUAGAAACUUCUGGAAGAGUGCAUGUGUGGUGCUGCCACCGUGGGUGAUGACUGUCACUCCAUGUCCUCCUCCAUCUGUCCUUAGGGAGCAGCUGAGGUCCCAUGACAGCCUAGGUUGCCCCUGUGGCAGCAGUAGUGAACAGCCGCACAGCUUUUUCCAUCAUUCCGGCCACAGCGAUGCCUCCACAGUGAAUGGAAAUGGGCCCCGCCCUCUGCCUGUGUGUGAGCAGCCUGAACCCCUAGCUGGACCUUGGGCUGUUCCAGAGGAAACCUCAACCCCAUCUGGAAACCAAGGUGAAGAACUUCUAGGAGACCCAAACCUUCAUUUGAGUAUUGAAGAAUCAAACAAGAAGUUCAUGGCAGAAAGUGAAGAACUGGACGACUCCCUCAUGAACUGUCACUGGCAGCCUCUGGACACCAUCCUGUCUAAUGUCCCUGGUGAGCCCUACCCACACUCCCCAAUAUGAAACAAGUAUUCACUAUGUCCUCCAACUGGCCUAUUAAUUGUAUCUUGCUUUGGCUUUGGAGAAAAAAAUUCCAGGAAUAUAUUAGAUUCUGAAUAUAUUAUUAACUAUUUUCCCCCUGGUACUGGGAUUGAGCCUAGAGUCUCGAAUGUGUUAGGAAGGCUCUGUACCACUGAGUUAUGCCCCCAGCCCUCAGAAACCAUAUGGAAAUAUAAACUUCUGGGACUUCAGUGAGAAUGACAUGAUGAUAUGAUAUAAGUAAAGAUUACCAGCACAGUUAUUCCAGGAAGUGUGUUAUCAAGUCGGUUCCAGAAGAAUUCACAUGACUGAUGAGGCAGAAGUCACAAGAUGACAU